AUGACGGUUAUAAACCUCCUUGGCAACGAUUAUGCAUCCUCUUCCUCUUCAGAUAGUGAGAUCUCUACACGAGCCGACACGGAUUCACAUGCUAUAGCAGCAGUUCCUAUCAAAGCACAGCUAUUCCCAUCAGCAGAUGAAUUGCUCGCCAGUGACACGAGCGGCGUAUUGACCAUGAGUACUGUCGCAACAGAGACGCGCAAACGGAAGAUCGAGCAACUACGUCGACCGAAUAUUUCGACGGAAGACCGAAGCUCCUGGAAUACCACCAAGACGCUAGUACUACAGAAAAGGGCAAAAGAGGCACAAGCUCAGACGUAG